UAAUUUUUAUUUAAUAUUAUUGAUAAAAAUAACUUAUGAAACAGAUUGGAUUUAUUAUAUGUAUAUGUUUAGGCACAAUAAGAGACAUUUUUAGAAAUAUAUAAAGUUUAGAGCAUUGAAAAUUAAUAUAGCAAUUUAAUUAUAUCAAUUUUUAAUGUUAAUUUUUAAUAUAGCUACUUUGGCAACAUAACCUAAGAAAAUGGAUGGAAAUGCCAAUCAGUGUCGAGGUUACAAAUCACAACAGAAGGAGGACCAAUAAGAGUGUUCGUCCCUUACAAGCUCUCCAAGCGAUUAUUCAUUGUGUCUAUCUGUGUUCCUUUAUUGUAUAUGUAUCAGUAGUACCAGAAUAUACUUCAGUAUACAUAUAGUAAAUGUAUUGUUGAAACUUGUGUUGACAUUUCUAGUGACAUAACCCUUAAGAUUGAAUCACAUUAUUGUUUUUAUCGUUGAAUCGGAUUUUAUAUUUAUACACAACUUUUUCUUAAGCUAGCAAACUCUAAACUCACAUCUAUUUAUUAAAUGUUCGAUGUGUGUGUAGUGACUGAUAAGGUUAUAGAGUGAAUAUACCAAUCAUUUAUACACUUAUAGACACAAACAAUGCCACAAGCAACCACUAUUGAAACAAUCACUAUUACUAGACCUUUCAAGUGAAUAAACCAAUAUAGAAACAAAGGAGAUAGCUCUACCAACAAAAUGUACUUCGCGUGGCGUUCGAAGCGGGAACUUGAUUAGAAAAAUUAUUGUUUCAUUCGUAUCGAACAAAGGUAUAUAUACGGGAAACGCGAGCUGUGUUUACCCUGGAAGUGUUUGUCAUUUUGGGAGAGUUCCAUGUCUCUGAAUCGUUUCUAAAUGCUUUCUCGACGUCUGUUGAGGGUGAUGUGCGGAGGAGUGUACGAUGUCCCGUAAAUGGUAUUCGUUGAAGAGACCAAAGAAAGUGUGAAGAGUUCGAGACCCUCUUAAUUAGAUAGGUGCAUUUUGGUUUUGUCCGUUGGGACUAAUCUUAACAGUGUACGCUGGAUUUACGAUGAUCAUGUAUACAGUCGCGGAAGAUCACAUGGGCGAUACUGAGAUCGCACAGGUGAUAGCAUUCAUAUGUGGAAUAAUAGUAAUAUUAUUAAUGAUAAUGGGUUUAGCCUCUACCGACUGGUUAAUGGCAUUGGGAUGGAGACAAGGUCUAUUUGCACAUUGCAUUGAAGAAGCAGCACCUACUCCUCUCCCAUUUAAUGUGCCAGAUUCGGCAGGAUGUUUCCAAGCUAGAGACGUUGCUUAUAUAAAAGCAGCUGCUGCCUUAUGUGUCAUAUGUUUAAUAACAGAUAUUGCAGCAACGAUCCUCACUGGUCUUGGUUUGAGGUCACAAGAUAAUCGUGACAAACAUAAAUAUUAUAGAUUUGCAGUCUUCUGCAUGGGAUUUGCAUUGGUAUCACUCUUAAUAGCUUUAGUAAUAUACCCAGUGUGUUUUGCUGCAGAACUUAACUUUGGAAACCGAUCAAUGUGGGAAUUUGGUUGGGCAUACGGAGUUGGUUGGGGUGCAGCUAUAUUUUUGUUUGGUGGAGCAGUGUUGUUAUUAUGCGAUAAGGAAAGCGAAGAAAUUUAUUACAAAGAAAGAAAAAUCGUUCGCGAUGAUGUCGGUGGCGGCGGUUCUAUGAUUGGUAUGGGACAUCAUGGUGGACGAAGUGGGACGCAAUUAGCCUAGUGGCAUUGCUCCCUGCCCGACGUUGUUCUCUAGGUGAUUAAUUUCUUCUUUUUCUGUCCUCACCAUUUGAUACAUUUAUGGAGAAAAACGUACACAUGUAUAAGAGUGAAUGGUUUUUAUAUAUAGUCUACUUGUUACACCAACAUGUAUUGGACAUAAUUAUCACUUUGAUAUAGGAUGUACGAAACAUCUUAUCGACGAAAACAAGGUUCGUAAAUUGACUGAAACUUGAUUAAUUCGUUCGUGGGUUACCAAUUUCCAAUUUCUCAUAGUAACAAUUUUGGGACCAUUGCUCCAUUCAGUUUAUUAUAAAAUUAUGUGUUAUGUAUAUUAUAUAACUACAAAUAUUUUUUAUGUAGUAUGUUUACAUCAUUCCUUUUACAUUUGUUAAUUAACUUUUCAUACCAUUAUUACAAUGGUAGCAUUGAUGUUGCGUUUCUUACCUGUGAAACAUUACAACAAAGCCACAAUUAUUAUUGCUUAUUUUUAAAGUAAAGUGACAAAAGCCAUAAUCAUUAUUGUUUACUUUUAGAGUAAAGUGACAAGCAAUAUUUUUAAUAUGAAUUACUCAAUCUGCUAGCAUUUAUAACUUUUUGUUAGAGUUUAUUACUGUGCCUGCAUCAACAAUAUAUUAUCGUAUUUGGCCGACGUUAAAAAUGAGAUUUGCCGUUCGAAAAUAGCAAACAAUACCGGAGUACUUAAAUAAAGUUUGAUACUUCUUCAUUUAUGAAGAUUUAGGCAAAGAUUCCAGUAACAAAAAGUUAAAAAACGUACGAGUAAUUAAUACGAUCAUAGGCUCAGAUACUGCCUGAUCUUUAGUCAAAGAAUGAGUAUCAUCAAUUAUUAUUUUUAUAUAAAAAUUGCAGCUUUGAUUUAGUUACUAUUUAUUACGUUUAUUUCUUAUAUACUGUAUGUACAUAUACAUUUAUAUGUAUAUAUAUUAGAUGCUAGUAAUUUAUUACUUGCUUGCAUUUAUUUUUCUUACUAUUAUUGAAAGUGAUAUUUGUUUUAAUCAAAUGAUUUAUAUUAUCAAGGCGUUCACUAAUAUUUUUGGUAUAUUAUUAUUAUUUAUAUCUUCAUACAUUUUGCAAUAAAACUUGGCCAAAAAUUGUUUUAAACGAUAUAUUGUGAUUACAUACACGCACACAAACUAUAUAAAUGAAAUAACAAAAAUUUCAAGUGGUCUUCUGUGCUGGAGGAAAGUAGCACCUAUGAAGAAAAUAAUUGCAUGCUUGGGCACAUUAUUGAUUAGUAUCAAUUUUGAUUAGUUAUUGAUUUUAAGGUAUUUUGAGAUGAAUGAUCAAGUAUUAUAUAAUGAUCAAGUUUUUCAUCGCAUAACUAUAAUUUUACGGAUAAAUGAUCAUUAAUUCCUAUAUAUUAUUUCUAAGAUUUUUAUACAGAUUAUUCUAAAGUCUUUCUUUGUUAAUAAAAGUGCAAAUGUGCAAAUCUUUUUCUAUUGUACUCUAGAACAUGUAAAAGCAUGUAAUUUUCAUAUUUCAAGUACAGUUAUUUAAAUUAUAAAUAUUUUUUAUUGCAAAAAGUGUAUGAAAAAAAACAGAACAAUGUAAUUCUGGAACUGAUAUGAUAUUUGAUUUAAUUAUAAAAAAUAUCUUUAGUUAUCUAUCUUAUAUAUCUCUUAUAUAUCUCUAAUUGAGGCAAAGAUGUUUAAUUGUAAAUUUUCGUGUAGAUGGUUUAGUUUCAUAUUAAUAAUAAUAAUAAUAAUAAUAAAAAUGACUAUUUUGUUCUGCCUUAAUUUAAAUGAGUAAAAUCAUUAAACUUAAAUAAAUAAAAUCAUGUAUAUCUAUCCUUUGUCAAUAUGUUAAUGUAAUUAAAUGUUCGAGGUGGUCUGUAUAAAUUGAACAAAUUAUAACGCUGGUAUGAAUUGUUAUAAUAAUUUAUAUAUUUCAAUAUUUUCAUUAUGUUUUAUUUUUAUUUAAUAAAAGGAAAGAUUAGUAUGUGUCAUCGUA